ACUUGUAACUUGUUGUUUGUUUGUUGUUUAAACUUGUGUAUAUUAAGUUUAGUGUUAAUAUAAUUAUACAAAUUGACGAAUAAAGCUUCAAUAGAUUAAAUUUUAUAAUAAAUAGUAAUUUGUUACUUUAGAUUAACAAUAAUGGAAUCAGAAAAAACAGUACGUUGUCCAUUUAAUGGUGACCACAAAAUGCCUAAAAGAACCCUAUUGUUACAUAUAACGAGAUGUCCAGAUAAAAGAAAAAACGAUUCAAUAUGUCCUUUUAACUGUUUCCACGUAGUGAAUUCAGAAUUUAUAGAAGAACAUAAGCGACAGUGCCGCGAUCGGCCCAAGUUGAAUACAUCAAGAAUAAACGAUUGCACGAAUAAAUUCGAGUAUAAUGAAUGUCCUGAUUCUACAGAAUCAACAUGGGAUGAUGAAGAUUUAUACGAGUCACCUGUUCAAGGUGUUAGCGGAAACACGGUAGGAAAUCAGACCGGAUAUUCUGUGAAACCCCAAUCGGGUCUUACAAAGGCACAGCGUAAAAAAAAUCGCAAGGAACAACAGUUUGAUAAGCAAAAUUCUUCAUCAAAUGCUGGCAAAUAAGUAAUUUUUUAUUAUAGGUAAAUGUACUCUAAUUAGCUUUAAUAUUAGAGUAAAUUACAAAAUGUAUUCUGCUGAAUGAAAAUUUAUUAUGAUGUACGUCAGUGACAUACCGACAACACAGCAGGUAUGGCGUCCUCUAACAGUCGCAAGAUGCUAUGGAAGUGAAAUACGUCAGACGGCAGCGGCGUUAUU